AAUAAAUAUGAAAUAUAUGAAAUAUUAUUUAUAGCUGUAUUAUAGCGCCACCUAUUUAUGGUUUUUUGUCGGACACUUUUUGGUAUAUUAUAUCUUUUUCCGUAAUAAAAUGCGUAUAUAAUUACUGUAAUAGUGAGUACCAUAUACACGAUGGUAUUUCCUCCAAGCCCAGAAUCGAUCCUUUUAUGUACAUUGCUAUACCUCAACUAGAGUCGGCAUCUCCAACAAAUGAUUCCACACCUCAUUGAAGUGCCGGCACUUCAUUGCGUUUAGUACGUCUCCGACUACUGGCGAGAUGCCACACAUGUAACGAAAAUUAAAAAAAAAAUUGUCUACUGCUAUCAGCACGAUGUCAGGCUUAUUGGCAACAAUAGUCCUGUCAGUGAUGAUAGAUCGAUCCCAAUAGAGCGAGGCACGACCAUUUUCGAGAACUGGCGCAGGUGAAAAUUUGUAGUACGGCACUUUGCGGUCCACAAGGCCGCAUAGGAGAGCAAGCUGCUGGUGAAUAAUUCUGGCUACGAGAUUAUGUCUGAGCAAGUACUCGCCGUUAGCAAGAUGAGAACAACCGGAAAUGAUAUGCCUGAGUGACUCCGGGACGGCGGCAUGCCCUAGUCCGCAAUAGGGUUGUUUCCAUCGACAAAUCUUAGGGCAAAAUUGUAUCCCAAUAAAUUUUUUUGGAUUAUAAGAACAUGUUAAACUACUUUUAGGGGACGUGUAAUGACCAUAUUUUUGUAAAUAUUGAAUUUAAAAUAUCUUUUGGCACACGUCAUAUGACCAAACUCGAAACGUCAUUGAAGAUUCUGGUGACGUCACAACUCUCGGAUUGACACUGUUGACAGUUACGCAAUAAACAACAAAUGACAAAUGUCAGUUGACAGUUCGUAUCUUCUACGUGUGUAUGUAGUUAUGUGUCAAACCGUAAACUGUGACGUCACACAAUUUUCAAAGAGCGUUUUGGGCGCGAAAGCAUCUGUCAAAAUAUAUUUAAUUAAUUUAACAUAUUUAAAGCCGUUUUUAGUAUAAAAGUUGAAUUUUAGGGCACCUUUUAGUUAAUAUAGAACGUAAUACAAGCGUUUCAAAGAAUUGGAAACAACCCUAUUGCACAAGCAAAACCCUCGGUUUCUCUGAAGAGGUCCGAAUCGUAGCCAGUUCACCAAUGCGGGCAUGUCUCCAUCGGGUCCCGUGAAGGCCUUGUAGAACCGCCCGUGUAGCACCUUACCCUCCCAUACCGCCCUGCGAUCCGCAGUACUUAGUACCACAGGUUUGUAGUUUAUUUUUAGCGAAGCAAUAUUUUUGUUUUAAUUCAUUUAUUGAAUUUAUUUUUUUCAGAUGGUGACAUGUUUGACUUCAUCAUAGUGGGUGCAGGAUCGGCAGGUUGUGUGGUGGCGAACCGGCUCACUGAGGUCACGCACUGGACCGUACUGCUGAUAGAGGCUGGAGACGACCCACCGAUUGAGGCUACAAUACCCGGCUUCUUUCCUUUCGUUGACUACUCCAUGUCAGAUUGGAACUAUUACACGCAGAAUGAUGGCUAUUCCUGCCAGGCUCACAGGACGAAGAACAUUCAUCUAACAAGAGGAAAAAUGCUCGGCGGGUCCAGUGGCGCCAACUACAUGUACUACGUCAGAGGAAAUAAAGCGGACUACGACUCCUGGGCUCUCCACAACCCGGGCUGGGACUGGGAUAACGUCACGUACUAUUUUAUGAAAAGCGAAAGACUUAACGACCUCCAAAUAAUGACUAGUGAGACCGCAUUCCUACAUCGCACCGAUGGUUACCUGGGCGUAACUCGCCCAAUAUGGGACGAAAGAUCCAGAAAAUACUUUGAAGCGUUCAGGGAAAAUGGACAUGAUAUUCUGACAGAUACCAAUGGUUUUCAGCAGUUGGGAUAUUCGCCAGCACAGUACACAAUCGACGAAGGUAUCCGACAAAGCACGGCAGUAGCCUUUUUAAAGCCUAUCAAACACAGACCCAACUUGUAUGUUCUGAGGAACACGUUAGCAAGGAGAAUACUUUUCAAUAAAAGUAAAAGAGCUGUAGGCAUUGAAGCGAAAUUGCAGAAUAAAAAGAUCAUUAAACUUAAGGCGUUGAAUGAAGUAAUUUUAUCAGCUGGAGCCAUUAACUCUCCUCAUUUGCUGAUGGUGUCAGGUGUUGGACCAAAACAACACUUAACAGAGAAAGGCAUAAAUAUUAUAUUAGACUCUCCUAAUGUAGGUCAAAAUUUACAAGAUCACGCUUCGAUUCUUGUUGUUCUGACAGGUCAAAAAGGCUUAAAAUCUGUGUUUCAAAAUGUAGAAAUCUUAACAAACUUAAAUAAAUUUCCGACGCCUGCAAUAAUUGGCCAUGUUGCUUUAAAUAACUCUCAGUUAUUCCCAGACUAUCAGACGACCGUGUUCCCAUUUCCAGCUGCUACUGUAAUGUCAACACUAAUAUGUUCCGUCGUCUUUGGGUUAACCAACGACAUUUGUACAUCUGUAGCGCUUGCGGGUCAAACACAAGAGACUUUGUUUUCAAUAGUUAAUAUGCUUCAUCCUGAAUCCAAAGGUAACAUUACACUAAAGAGCAACAACCCGGAACAAUAUCCUCAAAUUAACUUGGGCUACUACUCUAAUGAAAGGGAUUUAGAUAAACACGCUCGCUACAUGGAAGAUUAUGUGAGCGUCAUCAACACGACAUAUUUUCGUUCAGUCGGCUCUGAAAUUGUAAAAUUGAAUAUUACAAGUUGUAGAGAUUUGAUUUUUAGUAGCCAUGAAUACUGGAAAUGUUAUGUUUUGAAUAUAGCUUCUUCACAGUGGCACCCCGUUGGCACGUGUGCCAUGGGCCCCGACGGGGUGUUGGACGAACGACUGAGGGUAAGAGGGCUAGAUGCCUUGAGAGUAGUAGAUGCGAGUGUAAUGCCCACCAUCACCAGCGGAAACACAAAUGCACCAACAAUCAUGAUUGCAGAAAAGGCUAGUGAUAUUAUAAAAAGCGAAUAUGGAAUAAAUGAUCAUUGAUCAAUAGUAUAGGAACAUUAAUUUCGAUAUCAACGGAGGAGUGUCUUUUCAAAAGGUCUUAUUUCCAAUUCCACUCCUCCCUAGGUAAAAACUUUUUUCGGGAAAUCGAGAAAAACAUAAAUCCACGGUGUUCAUUUCGUAAUUAUUACUUCGAUAUUGUACUAACGUACGUUGACAGAAAUGCUAUGGCACUGCAUAUGUUUCUUUAUCUAUCUAAAUAAUUAUUU